AUGCCCGACAAAAGCUCUCGGCCAAGACACUCGCGAUCCGGUUCUCGAUCCGGCUCGCACUCAGCAAGUGGUAGAAGAUCAUCUCUGCCGCGAUUGAAGUCUUCACCAAGAUUGGUGAGAACUAUCAGUGCUGAGAUUGAUGCGGUGUCCCAGGACAUCAACCACUUGAAAUUGGAAAGCGAUUCGUCGUCGCUGUCGCUAGAAGUGCCGUUUGUGAAGGGGACCCUUAACGCAAGUCUCCCACUCGAGUAUUUACGCACAGAUGUGUUGAACUUGGCACAGGCUUUGAAGGUCCCCAAAUGGCAUAAUAGCAAUAGCGGUAAUAGUAGGAAGACAAAUGUGAUGACGCAUCUGGUACCCAAGUCUGUUGUGCUCACCAAGAUUACUGGUGCACUAACCAAUGCGAUUUUCCGUGUACAGUACCCGGGUCUACCAUCGCUUUUGUUGCGGGUGUACGGACCACAGGUCGACAGCAUCAUCGACAGAGACUACGAACUGCAAGUGCUGGCACGCUUGUCGGCUCACAAUAUAGGUCCCAAACUGUACGGAUGCUUCACCAACGGUCGUUUUGAGCAGUUUCUCGAGGACUCGAAGACUUUGACCAAAGACGACAUCAGAAACUGGAAGACUGCACAAAGAAUUGCACGUCGAAUGAAAGAACUACACUCCGGGGUCCCCUUGUUGCCCUUUGAGAUUGCCCGUGGACCGAGUACAUGGCUUCGUCUCGAAAAAUGGGUCAAAGUUAUCAACGAUUCGCCCUGGUCUCAUGACGCUGGCAAUAUUCAGAAAGUUCUGACAUGCCAAGAUUGGCAGUUUUUCCUAAUGGCCAUGCAAAAAUACAGAAAAUGGCUGGAAGAAACUUACAAAGAUACACACAGUGGUCUGGUUUUCUGCCACAAUGAUGCUCAGCACGGUAACCUACUAUUCACAGCACCGGUUGCAUCACUGCCUGCUACCCCUUCAGUUUCCGCCGAUUCCAUUAAAACUUCAGAUUCGCUAUUCCCAACAGCAUCUAACGUUUCUUUGGAGCAGAUCAUUAGGCCUUCACCCCAAGAACAAAAGCAAGAUUCCAAACUAGUGGUAAUUGAUUUCGAAUACUCGGGAGCAAAUAGACCGGCUUUUGAUCUUGCUAACCAUUUUAGCGAAUGGAUGUGUGAUUACAAUUCAGCCGAUUCCUACAAAUCUGACGAGACAAAAUACCCAACCAAGGAAGAAUUACUAAAUUUCCUUUAUUCAUAUGCUUCCCAUCGUCGAACUUCCAGAGAUCGUAGCAUCGAUGAUGAAGUCAAAGACCUUUACAAUGAUGUCAUAAGGCAGCGGGCUUCUGUAUCUCUUCAUUGGGCUACAUGGGCCAUAAUCCAAAGCGGAGAAUUGAACGACUCACCUCAGAAGAAGGUGGUAGAGGAAGGCCCUGGAGGUGAAAAGUACGUCAUAACGAUUGACGAUGAAGACAACGAGGAUGGCGAUGAGGACCAUGCCGAUGCAGAUGGAGAAGCGUUACACGAGGGUGCUGACAUUGAAUCCUUCGAUAACCUCAAGUUUGCAAAGGACAAAAUGGCGCUCUUUUGGGGCGACAUGCUUCAGCUGGGUUUGCUGAAAAGGGAGGAGCUUCCAAAUUUUGUCAGCAUCAAGAGCUUAGAUACAAAGUUUCUAUAG